UGGCUGCGCCCAUGUAAUUACCCGGGACGGCUGGUGACCUUUUUUCCGCUUGUCUCCUCGCCCCUGUGGUAACAAGCUGAACCUCAGGAUUAUGCUCUGCCGGACCCUCCGAGAAGUUUCUGCAGCACUCAAGCAAGGCCAAAUUACACCAACAGAGCUGUGUCGGAAAUGUCUCUCUCUCAUCAAGAAAACCAAGUUUCUAAAUGCUUACAUUACCGUAUCAGAAGAGGUAGCCUUAAAGCAAGCUGAAGAAUCAGAGGAAAGAUAUAAGAAAGGUCAGCCACUUGGGGAUUUAGAUGGAAUUCCUAUUGCAGUAAAAGACAACUUCAGUACAACUGGCAUCGAGACAACAUGUGCAUCAAAUAUGCUGAAAGGUUAUGUGCCACCUUACAAUGCCACAGUGGUUCAGAAAUUGUUGGAUCAAGGUGUUUUACUAAUGGGAAAAACAAAUUUAGAUGAGUUUGCUAUGGGAUCUGGAAGCACAGAUGGAGUGUUUGGACCAGUUAAAAACCCCUGGAGUUUUUCAAGACAGUAUAGAGAAAGGAGGAAGCAGAAGUCCCGUGGUGAGGAUGAGGAUUCAGAUUGGCUAAUAACUGGAGGAAGCUCUGGCGGGAGUGCGGCUGCUGUGGCAGCAUUCACAUGCUUUGCGGCUCUAGGAUCAGAUACUGGAGGAUCAACCAGAAAUCCUGCUGCCCACUGUGGGCUUCUUGGUUUCAAACCGAGCUAUGGCUUAGUUUCUCGUCAUGGUCUUAUUCCCCUGGUGAAUUCCAUGGAUGUGCCAGGAAUCUUAACCAGAUGUGUGGAUGAUACAGCAAUUGUGUUGGGUAUACUGGCUGGACAUGACCCCAAAGAUUCUACCACAGUACAAAAUCCUGUAAAACUGUUCAUGCUUCCCAGUUUGACAGAUGUGAGCAAACUAUGUAUAGGAAUUCCAAAGGAAUACCUUGUGCCAGAAUUAUCAAGUGAAGUACAAUCUCUCUGGUCCAAAGCUGCUGACCUCUUUGAGUCUGAGGGAGCCAAAGUGAUUGAAGUAUCCCUGCCCCACACCUGUUAUUCAAUUGUCUGCUACCAUGUACUGUGCACAUCAGAAGUGGCAUCAAAUAUGGCAAGAUUUGAUGGGCUAGAAUAUGGUCACAGAUGUAACAUUGAUGUGUCUACUGAAGCAAUGUAUGCUGCAACCAGAAGAGAGGGGUUCAAUGAUGUGGUUAGAGGAAGAAUUCUCUCAGGAAACUUUUUCCUAUUGAAAGAGAACUAUGAGAAUUAUUUUAUCAGAGCACAGAAGGUGAGGCGCCUCAUUGCAAAUGAUUUUGCAAAUGUUUUUAACUCUGGAGUGGAUGUCUUGCUCACCCCCACUACCUUGAGUGAUGCCGUGCCAUACUUAGAGUUCGUCAAAGAAGACAACAGAACACGAAGUGCCCAGGGUGAUAUUUUUACACAGGCCGUAAACAUGGCAGGAUUGCCCGCAGUAAGUGUCCCUGUGGCCCUCUCAAGCCAAGGGCUGCCAAUAGGACUACAGUUUAUUGGCCGUGCAUUUUGUGACCAGCAGCUUCUCACAAUUGCCAAAUGGUUUGAAAAACAAGUACAGUUUCCAGUUAUUCAACUUCAAGAACUCAUGAAUGAUUGUUCCUCAGUCCUCAAAAAUGAAACGUUACCUUCUGUUUCUCUAAAACAGUAGUGAUAAAUAUAUCAUGCAAAU